AUCAUCUCACAUACAUUGAUCAUCGGUAGUGAAAGCUUUGUCGAUAUGGCUAGGAUAUGUCGAGUCUAUCCACCUCCCACUCUUUUGUGAUCCUUGUCCGCGCGUGAAUCUACUCUGAAAAACGUAAAAUAUUGCGCAUGCGAUUCCCAUAGUACGUGGUGAUACUCAUGGGGCAGAGUGAGAAGGGUAGUUUCUGUUUAGUUGAAUUUUCCCACAUGUUGCGCCUGAGUACGUGGGCGCAAGUCCGCCAGCCAGGACAGAGAGCCCGGGCCAUCACACCAGUAGAUCGGGGAGACAACCUCAACCUCUCGUUGGAAGUAAAAAAAAAACCCCUUUUUUUCCUCAUCUCCUCUUAUCACCCUUUCCCGUUUCAGUUUCGCGAUUGCCAUCAUACAAUACACGCGUUCACCCCCUUUUUUUCCGAUCGGCAUUCGCAAAAAAAUUCAUCCACAAGGAUUUUCGAUAUUUUUCUUCACUCACUAGUGACGAAUUGCAAGAUCUAUUGUCAUGAAAAAUAGUGAAAUAUUGGACAGUGCUUGAGUGAAAAUUAUUUAUCAUCACGAAGAGUUUCCCGAGAUGCUUGUGAAUUAAAAAUUCAUUAUUAAAAUAUCAGCGGUGAAAGGAUCAUCCGGAGGGCCCCAAUGCCAGCCAGGAAGGGUUUAUUGGCCCCUCAAAAUACCUUCUUGGACACUAUUGCAACGAGAUUCGAUGGCACCCACAGCAAUUUUGUUCUUGGAAAUGCUCAAGUUGUCAAGACCUAUCCAAUAGUAUAUUGCUCGGAUGGAUUCUGCGAGUUGACGAAAUAUCCUCGGGCGCAGAUCAUGCAAAAGGGAUGUGCUUGUAAAUUUCUAUACGGUCCAGAGACGACAGAGGAAAAUAAAACUUUAAUAUGGAAAAGUCUUGAAAAUAAAACUGAAUUGAAACUUGAAGUGGUAUUCUACAAGAAAGAUGGUGAAAAAUUCAACUGCUUACUCGACAUCGUUCCAAUAAAAAAUGAAAAAGGAGAUGUCGUGCUAUUUCUCGCAUCUCACAAAGACAUAACAGACACAAAAAUUGUUCCUCACUGGGACUCUGAUGAUGAUGGAAAUUACGAUAUCGAUCCGGAAACACCAUCAGCAGACUACGGCCGAAGACGACGAAGUCGUGCAGUUUUAUACACAUUAUCCGGCCAUUACAAACAGGAUAAACACAAAAUCAAUAUCAAUAAACAAUUAUUGCACUCGCCUGCGGCUCCGUUACCUGAGUACAAAACAUCUGCUGCCGAGAGAUCUCAUGCAAUUUUGAGUCAUUAUGGUGGGUUCAAAUCUUGUUGGGACUGGUUGAUACUCAUCGCUACCUUCUACGUAGCAGUUAUUGUUCCAUACAACGCAAGUUUUGUCAAUGUUGGCAGACCAUUCAUGAUCAGUGAUGUCAUUGUCGAAGUACUUUUCAUAUUCGACAUUGUGCUGAAUUUUCGAACCACUUACGUCAGUAGAAAAGGAAAAUUGGUAAUUAAUGGAAAGAAAAUUGCAGUCAAUUAUUUAAAAGGGUGGUUCUUGAUUGAUCUCGUUGCUGCUUUACCCUUUGAUGUACUGUAUGCAGCUGAUGUUAACAGUGGUGAGGAACCAGGACAUGGACACAUUCACCUGAUUAAACUCACGAGGCUACUCCGAUUGGCCAGAUUACUUCAAAAAAUGGAUCGAUACUCUCAAUACAGUGCUAUGAUUUUGACACUUCUCAUGUUGUCUUUUACAUUGUUAGCUCAUUGGCUCGCCUGUAUAUGGUACGUUAUUGCGGAAAAGGAGAGAUUGAAAAAGGAUAAGGAUUGGAAUUUAGGAUGGAUUCAUACACUGGCGGAACGCCUUCGCAUUGAUGUACAAAAUGUAUCACAUACUGACAGCUAUAUAACAGCCCUCUAUUUUACAUGUAGUAGCUUAACGUCGGUGGGAUUUGGCAAUGUUUCUGCCAAUACGACGUAUGAAAAAAUUUUUUCAAUUUGUACGAUGCUUGUAGGAGCCCUCAUGCAUGCUGUUGUAUUUGGCAACGUAACUGCCAUAAUUCAACGGAUGUAUUCGAGAAGAUCUCUUUACCACACGAAAUGGAGAGACCUGAAAGAUUUUUUAACAUUGCAUCAGAUACCAGAGAAGCUGAAGCAAAGAAUGCAAGAUUAUUUUCAAACAACAUGGUCAUUGAAUCAUGGCAUCGAUAUUCACGAGACUCUCAAGGAAUUCCCUGAGGAAUUAAGAGGCGAUGUAUGUAUGCAUCUGCACCGAGAAAUUUUGAGUUUACCAAUAUUUGAAGGAGCCUCACAAGGAUGCUUGAAGCUACUCUCACACCACAUACGAAGUAAUUUUUGUGCACCAGAAGAAUAUUUAAUUCGCAAGGGAGACGCAUUAUCAUACAUAUACUAUUUGUGCAAUGGAUCUAUGGAAGUCGUUCAAAAUAGUAUGGUAGUAGCAAUAUUAGGUAAAGGUGAUCUUGUUGGCUGUGAUAUAAGUAUGCAUCUCCAACAUGGAAAUAAUGGAAGUGGUUUAGUUGGUUCUGGAGGUGACGUUAUUGUUAAAUCGAGCUGUGAUGUUAAAGCAUUGACCUAUUGUUAUUUAAAAUGCAUAAAUAUUCAGGGUCUCGUUGAUGUAUUGAGACUUUAUCCGGAGUAUCAGCAGCAAUUCGCGCAUGAUAUUGUUCACGAUCUAACGCAUAAUUUGCGAGAAGGUUACGAGGUUGAGGAAGAACCAGACAUGAACGGUAUUCAAUCGCAAACUCUCCCAUCAAUAAGUGAAGACGAUGAGAACAUGCCAGAUGAGGAGGAAACUUCACCACUUUCUCCAGCAAACAGAUCACCACUUCACACCGUAAGCCCUCGGCACGCCAAGUUCAGAUCUGAGAAUAGAGAUAGGAGAUUCGGAAGGGGUGGAGUACGAGGUAGAUUGCAAAUAUUGGGACAAGAAUCAUUAGAAAAUAUUAAUCGUGGUACUGUGGAAAGGGUGGAAGCAACGCAGAUCUCCAGCGUUCAUCAGGAUGUCGUCGCACUUAGCUAUGAGAUGAGAAAUGCUAUUCAAGCACUCCAAGUUUUGGUGCGUUCACCCCACAGUAAUCCAAAUUUACCGACACCAGCUGGACGAAGUGGAUCCAACGAUCGUCUUCUCGCCAGAAGUUCGUCCCAUCUACCAGACGGUCUUUGUUGGGAAUCCCCCGCUCGUUUAAUAGACGUCAGCACCCAGACUGAUUGGCCAAUUACCAUUCUAGAUCAAUGGGUACGAGAGAAUUCCCACCGAGUUCUCCAGAUUCUCGGUCUUGAUUCACCACUUGUUACACGUCACAAUCGCACCAUUCCAGCAUCACCAACCACCCCAUCUCCAUCGUCUCCACCACCACCACCUUAUGAGCCCCUUUCGUCCCCGGAAAUCACUCGAACUUCCUCACGAUGUCCAAUCGACCAAGCUGCAUUCUUCGACUCACAUUCUAAACAGAUCAACAAUAGUGAGUCAAAAAUAUCAAAAAUUUAUCAAAAAUCAAAAACUUACUGGGAAACUAUCAAUGAAUUGCCCCAUCGAUUUAGUGCUGGUGAUGCUGAUAAUUCAUCGACAUGGUAUCGUGCAUUACAUAGCAUGGAAUAUGUUCCAAAAUCGAGAUCUUUGAAAUUCGAUACUUUUGACAGUUGAGCAUUAAAAUCAUAACAAUUACUAAAAAAUUUGUCAUUCGUCAAAUAAGGAGGUAAUGAUCGCCAUUUCAUUAGUUCUUUAUCUCCUUAUUAACUAAUGUUAUGGCAAAAUUUUUAUUGCAUAUUAUGUAAUAAAAAUCUCAUAUCCACAGAACGUAAUAAAAAUUAUUUAUUACAUAUAAUAUAACUGUUCCCAAUGGCCUAUAGCCUUGUGGUGGUCUGACUUGACGUGUUCCAGGAUGUUCAAUACCUUUUUGGCUCAAAUUGUGUUUUUAAAAAUUUUUCUGGCUAAUUAUCGGUCGAAUUGAUGCAAAAAAUUAUCGCCGUUUUGCGUUUUGUCGUUAUUUAAUGGAGAAAAAAGUGUAGAACAUCCUUAAACACUCGGAAAACUCCACAGGCAUGAUAAUUAUUCUCAUAGUGGAAAAUGCCCAGUACAAUCUUGUAAUUGCACAAUUACUCUAGAAUUAUCUCUUCUCGUGCUCUCUAUGAUUUCAUUAUUAUUUACACUGAUAAUAAUACAAAUAAUAAUAAUAAUAAUGAAUAUUCAGCAAUUUAUAUAUAAUACGAUAUGCAAAAGCGUAUUUACAUAUCUUUUUCAUACAUAUCGAAUUCUACUAUUUAAUGUGAUUGAAAUAUAUGUAUAUAACAAUGGGAAUGAUUGAAGACACAGUAAGAUAAAAAUAUUAUAAAUCACCCGAAUAAUAUAAUUGUAUUAUAUGACAACUAAGUGUAUUAUUUUUCCACAUUUAUUGUUUGAGAAUAUACAUCGAUGUCAUGUCAAUGUCAUCACAGUCACAUUAAUAAUUAACUAUCGAGAAAAGAUGUAUUCAAUUGAUUGAAGCAAAAAUGUUGUUUAAAAAAUAGUGUUCUCAUGACAAAAUCAAAGCUUAAUAUAUAUUUUGUUAUACUUUUUCUAUGACAACUGUCUAUUAUCACAAUGCAAUAGAAAAUCUUGCAGCGUAUGUGCGUCAAUAAGGCCCAUUAUUGUGUACGUGUGCCCCUAAAUAUCGAAUAGGUGAAAACAUUUGUCGUUGUUAAAUUAUUGUAUUCAAGGAUUUAUAACAUAUUCAAUUCAGACCGAGAAAAUUAUUGAAUGAGAAUUGUAUACUGUACUUUGAUCGCACAACAGUUUUUACAGAAAAUUGAUAAUUUAAAAAAUUAUUUUACAACACGAUGAGAGAGAAAAAAAAUUAUAAAGUGGCUCUAAUGGAUCACUCGAUAUGAGGGUCGAUCUGAGCAGAUCUGAGUCGAGAGCUAGUCGAUGACAGUUCGUUUGAUUGAUUCCAUAUUAAUUAGAGGAUAAAAUAAAAUCAAUUAUUGUUCAUUGAUUUAUGAAAAUAAUCGAUGUUUAUGGACGUUAUAUCCGGUCGAACCUUCAGAGUGAUUGGCACGCGCCUUAUGCCAGUAUCGAUCAAUACCGAUCGACCAAUGAUCGACUAGCAGUCGACCAAUCAUUGACCACCGACCGAUCAUCGACUGACAAUCGAUCAACAAUAAACAAACCAUCUAUUCAAUGAUGGAAUAACGAUCGAUCGACAGAGUGCUCUAAUCGAUCUCCAAUCGAGUCUCCAUCAAGAAGCCACCGAUCAAUCCACCAGGAGAAUAUAAGAAUCAAUCAAAUUUACAGAGCCAUGUCAAUUGUAAAGUUAAAAGAUCACUUUUGUGCUGGUCACAGCGUGAAUUUAUUACAAAUAAUCGAUAAACUAAAAUUACUUUUCCAUUGACACCCGAACGAUCUGGGCGAUCUGGAAGAAAUAAAUUAAAAAUAUACAUUUAUGUUAAUUUAUGAAAAUCCUAAGGAAUUUUUGUUACAUCGACCAGUUAUUAUUAAUAUUAUUGAAUAUCGAAAUCAUUGGACAAAUAAUGGUAUCGAUGUGUAUUUUUUUUUAUCCAAUGAGUAAUAGAUUACCUCGGAAUCUUCCAUUCAUUCCUAAUAUCUUAACGUUUUGAUGGAUAAUGAGAAGUGCAUCUAUUAAUUAAUCCAUAUAAUUAAAUAAUAAUAAUACGAGUACACUCAAUUCCCUCCAAUAUGAUGAUUCAUAUAUCGCACGCAUUAUUCCAAAAUACUUGAAGUCUCCAUCCACGAAAAUGAAUUAUCAUGCAACAAGUAGAAUAGAUAAGUCAUACUCCAGACAGUCAAAAAAUAUCAUCCUCUGUACUAUUUUCCAUAAACAUGUAAUUCACUAUCAUCAUGUAGGUAUGUAAACUAUAAUUGUAUAAAUGAAAUGUCAACCUAAUAUAUUAUAAUGAAUCAUAUCAUAACAAUUAAUGGAAAUAUACUGUUGAAUAAAAAUAAUGAGCAAACUAAACUAAAAUCAU